AUGCUAGUUGAGAGGGGUGUAUCUUCCGAAUCUCGAUUCAUUACUCGUGCACUGCGCGGUACAUCUUCUAUUCGUCCUCGUCUUACCAGCGAGCUGCUGCUCAAGGCAGUUCAGGAAAACUUGGCUCAAGACCACCAAGUUCGCAAAAUCCUUGUCGAUGCACUUGAAUCUACUCAGAAGUCUGCCAAGGCCGAUAUGGACAUUGACACCCCAGGCGCAAAACUUCCUGCCAAGACCUCUGUGCCAGAAUCGGGAAUUUUCCUCGGUCUUUUAGUUGCUGUUUAUUUCCACGACCAAAAACUGUACUCCAAGGGUACUUCACUUACUGGUCAGUUGACAAGCAUGGUGCAAUCACUGAAUCUCCGUACUUUGGAUCCAAUUUCUGGUCGUCUCUAUUUCUACUAUGCACGCUUUUACGAGAUUGCUGGAAAGGUUGAAGAGAUUCGUCCUAUUCUUCUUGCUGCUCACCGCACGGCAUCACUCCGUCAAGAUGACGAGACUCAGGCUACCACUCUUAAUGUUCUCUUGAGACAUUAUUUGAGCUUAAAUCUUGUUGAUCAAGCCGAUAAACUUGUAUCCAAGGCAUCUUUUCCCGAGACCGUCGGUAACAAUCAGGCUGCUCGGUACACCUACUAUCUUGGCCGUAUUCGGGCCAUUCAGUUGGACUAUUCCGAGUCACACCGUCAUCUUCUUCAAGCAAUCCGAAAGGGUCCACAAACUAAUGCCACUGCUGGGUUUCAGCAGACUGUUACCAAACUAUCUAUUAUCGUGCAGCUAUUAAUGGGAGAAAUUCCCGAGCGUGCACUGUUUAGAGAAGUCAAGUUGCGCAAGGCACUUGUUCCAUAUCUGCAGAUUACUCAAGCCGUGCGAAUCGGAGAUCUUUCCAAGUUUCAAGAGACUCUCUCUACUUAUGGCAACGUGUUUCGUGCCGACAAGAACCUAACACUUAUCCUUCGUUUGCGUCACAAUGUUAUCAAGGCUGGAGUGCGUCGUAUUUCGCUUGCUUAUUCACGUAUCUCGCUGCGUGAUAUAUGUCUAAAACUUCAGCUGGAUAGUGAGGAAGAUGCCGAGUAUAUUGUUGCCAAGUCGAUCCGCGAUGGAGUAAUUGAUGCCACCAUUGAUCAUGAAAAGGGAUUUAUGAAGUCUAAUGAAAAUGUGGAUCUGUAUUCGACAAAUGAGCCUCAGCAUGCAUUCCACCAGCGCAUUAGCUUUUGUCUUGGCCUGCACAACGAAUCCGUCAUGGCGCUUCGUUUCCCCCAUGAUGCCCAUCUCAAGGAUCUUGAAGAGGCAAAUGCACUUUUAGCUGAAGAACGGAAGCUUGCUCAAGAUAUUGUCGAAGGAGAGCUGGAUGAUCAUGAGGGAGAUAUGGCUGAUUUCUAA